AUGAGAAAAAAAAGUUUACGUUACCAUGUGUUUGUCUCUACUAUUCCAGGGAUCACGCUGUGGGACCCGGAACAGCUUCUCAAGGAUGUAAACACAAAACCACAACCCUGGACUAGCUAUGAGAUCAUUGCAUCCGACACCAUUGAAGACAAGGCCAAUGCCCUCAAUGUCACAGCAUCGCUGAAGGCCAGUUUCCUGGGGGGGUUGGUUGAAGUAAGUGGAUCUGCCAAAUACUUAAAUGACACCAAAAAAUCCAAACAACAGGCCAGAGUUACUCUCCAGUACUCUGCCACAACAAAGUUUGAGCACCUAACUAUGAGCCAUUUAGGACCAAAGAAUGUCUCUUAUCCUGCUGUAUUUGACCAAGGCACGGCCACCCAUGUGGUCACGGCUGUGCUGUACGGGGCUCAGGCUUUCUUCGUGUUUGACCGGGAAGUUUUGUCUUCUGAGAAUGUACGUGACAUAGAGGGAAAGCUCCAGAUUGCAAUUAAAAAGAUACCCAAGUUUUCCAUAGAAGGAGAAGGAGCUGUCAAAAUGGAUGAAAAGGAAAAAUUAAAUGCUGAAAAUUUUAACUGCAAGUUCCAUGGUGAUUUUGCUCUUGAGAAAAAUCCAACUAAUUUCCAAGAUGCCAUGAAAAUUUAUUCCACCCUCCCCAAGCGGCUGGGUGCCAGCGGGGAGAAGGCCGUACCAGUGAGAGUCUGGCUGUACCCGCUGACCAAGCUGGAUUCCAAAGCUGCUAAGCUGGUGCGUGAGAUCAGCAUAACACUGAUCUUUGAUGCUCAAACAGCCUUGGAGCAACUGACUGAACUGGACAUGCGAUGCAAUGACAUGAUGAAAAAUCCAAUUGCCACAACCUUCCCCAAAAUCAAACAGAAAAUCCAGCAAUUCAAAGGUCUGUGUCAGCAACACAGACAGACUUUCCAGCAACAACUAGCAGGAAUCUUACCUGCUAUCCGUGGAGGUGGAGUUGAGGAAGGAGCCCUGGUGGACAUUUUUAAAAGCAAAGAACAAUCACCGUUCAAUACACAGAGACUCAAUGAAUUUCUGGAUACAAAGCAGCGAGAGAUGAAUUUAGUGGAUUCCUACCUUAGUGUGCUACAGAAUGUGGAAGUCGUAUCCUCUGAGAGUGAACUAGAAAAAAUAGUCCUCAGCCCUAAGCAUGAUUCUGUUGUGUCUUUCACACUCACUUCAAUACACAACAAAGAACCAUAUUUAUCAGAUUUGAAAUUUUGGCUUCAAAGACAGUUUCUGGAGAAAAAUCAAGAAUCAGCACCAGCCAGUUCUCCCUAUGAGAAAUCAAACUCCAAACAGUGGUUUGUGGAUGAAGAGAUAAGAAGAAAAGCACGAAAAUUCGCAAAGUCCUUCUCUGACUUUACCAACGUCAAUAAAUCUCAUGGAAACACCCGGUUCAUUGUGGCCUCUGUUCCAGAUGAGGAGCAUCCAGGAGCUUCCAUUUACCUGUAUGCAGAUGGAGAGCUGGUCAGCACCAACUUUGAGCCUCCAUCAAAGCCUCUUCCUCCCCUGAUGGGUGGAAUCAGACAUGACCGUGUGCAGCUCACGUUUAACCCAGCAGCCUAUGGCAGGGCUGCGAUAUCCGGCUAUCGGGCAGAGUACAGAAUUGUAGGGCAGGAGAACUGGACGGUUGUGGAUGUAAAUAACACACAAGAGACAUUCACAGUAACAGGGCUACGUGCAAACACCGAGUACCAGUUCCGAUACGCUGCCAUGAGCAAACCAGGGCUCAGCGAGAGCAGCGACGUGAGUGAUCCUGUGAAGACGCUCUCUCCAACCAGCCCGCCUGGAAAGCCUGGAAAAACUACUGUAGAUUCAUCUGCCAUCACCCUCAGCUGGGAGAGUCCAACUCUGGUUGGAGAAGGAGUCAUUAUAAGGGAGUAUCAGGUGGAAUACAAAGAGAAGACAGGAGAUACGAGUCAGGAGGGGAAAGGCAAAUGGCUGGAACGAAGGACAGGAGAGAGAACAGAGUCCUGUAACAUUGAUGGACUGAGGCCUGAGACACCCUACAGAUUCCGAGUGUCGGCUGUGUGUGCGGACGGAGCUGUGAGUGACCCAAGCGAGGAGAGUUCUAUCUCAACGCUAAAGAAAGGUCAGACAGAGGGGAGAGCGUCUGGGUGUGGAACAAUGGCCGGGUCAGCUGACACCAUUGAGAUGCCGGCUCUGGGCCGCCCGUUCCAGCUGGGGAUGCUGUACGACUGCCGCAAAGACUUGCUCAUCCCAGACCCCACCAUGCGUGAGGCAAGUCCCAUCAUGUCUCUGUGCCUCAGGUCCCCAUCAGCGCAAUGGGGAUAACAGCACUUGAUCACCUCACAUGAAUGGAGUGAGGAUAAUGACAUUAAAGACUGAGGGGCUCAGACACCAUGGUAAGAGGCCAUGCGAGUCUGACAGAUAGAUUUCAAAAAUUAAAAAGCAAGGAAGUGUUUACAACAUUGGGUGAUUUCACCUGCUUUUAUUAAUGUCCACAUUAAACACUGGAGAUCAAAUCUGAAAACUGUGAAAAUGGAACCUGUAUACUUUCUCCUUCUGUUGUAUAGGCAGAUCUACACCCAGCGUCUGUACCAAUUUAUUCUAUUGGUUUAGCUAAAUUUACUGAAAUAAGCGAUAAAGGUGUUUAUAUCUGUGUAAAGGUGUUUAUAUCUGUCUAGGGGUAGGAGUCUCACUGUGGGUGCGAGACCAGGGUUCAUAUCCUGAACAAGCCCUCCCUGUGGCUUUCCUCUCCAUUUUUUUUUAUUUAGUUUGUGUUGGUCCUGC